AUGCUGGUCUCCUCAGUCCUUCUGUGCCUGCUGCUCACAGUGGCCACCUUCAGCACCCUCCUGCUGGCCCAGCCAGAUGGAGUUAACGCCCCCGUCUGCUGCUACACAUUUAACAAGAAGAUCCCACUGAAGAGGGUGAGGAGCUAUGAAAGAAUCACAAGCAGCAGGUGUCCCCAGGAAGCCGUGAUCUUCAAGACUGUAUCGAACAAGGAGGUCUGUGCCAACCCCAACCAGAGCUGGGUCAAGGAGUACAUUGCCAAAUUGGACCAGAAAUCCCAGAAGAAGCAGAACUCAGCCACACCAAAAACUUCAAUGCCUUUGAACAUUAGCUUCACAACCCAAGACCCCAAGAACCUUAGCUAAUUUAACUACCACUGCAGUUUGUAAAUAACCUCUAGUCCCAGUAUGGACUUUAAUAAUAUGAAAUACGAUGUCUUAAAGAAUAUUAAUCUUAUUUAACUUAUUGAUGUUUUAAUUUUAUCC